UACAAGGGUCGACGUCCAACAGAACGAACUAAAAGAGCUAGUUCGAUCGCUUUGCCUCACGGGAAAAGUCAUGCAGACCCUCCGGCGUCCUUGACAUUUGAAUGUCGAAAAGGUUGCACCAAACUAUAAAUCAACAAGUCCUCACACCCCUUUUAUCCUAUUCAGAUUAUAAGGACCGUUGCUAGUUGUAUCCAUCAAAUUUAAGAGUUUGCAUCUCUGUCAGUUUGGGCCAUGAGAAAGAAGUUGUCGACCGGCGUCAUGUGGGGAAUGGCUGCCGCCACAGCAGUCGGGAUCGCUGCCGGCGCCUUCUACCUGACGACCCGGACAGUUCAGUCUCCUUGGCCGAAGGAGAAACAAUUCCUAUCUUACACGAGGAGGGUUGAACCGAAGAAGAGAAAAAUCCAGUUAGCGCUGAACUCCCUGGACGAUUUCGUGCCCCUGGAAAACAUGGAACCGGUGAACGACGUGGUGGGGUUCUUCACAAGCCGCGGGAACGAGUUUUCUGUGUACAGCAUUGACUGGGAACAAGAGUCGGUAGUGUUGGUGAGACCGGUGGACGGAAUCGAUCUUAAAGAUCACCCGUUCUUUCGCGAGGGUCAAAGACGUAGUGCCUCUGAGGUCCUUUCCAUUCCGUUUUCACAUCUCCAAGAUGUUGCAGAUGCCAUUCGUCACAAGGUUGCGCAUGUGCAGAAUGUCUUCGUCUACAAUACCGGAAGAUGUGGUUCCACCCUCCUCACACGAGCUGUCGAAGCCACUUCAGUUGCUCAAGCAGCCAACGAACCCGAGGUAUUCUCCGUCAUCAACAUGGCAGUGCUCCGGUCCAGACGUGCCCGACAGAACAAAGAUGUCUCUCCCAACCCCGCGGCGCGCUCGGCUGUCGCGUCAGACGAGGACGACAUGGUGAAGCUCUUAACGAAUGUCGUCACCCUGCUGAAUUACCACCUCAUGACGGCAGAUCCUCGUCACCGGGAUGUCAUCAUGUACAAGCUGAAAUUUGAUGUUCUGCUGAUCGGCGACUUGAUGUACCGGGCCUUCCCGUCUGCAAAGAACAUAUUCCUGUAUAGGAACGGGAUGGAGUGCUUUGAAUCGUGGAUAAGAUUGUGGUUCAAAAGCAAAGUUCUAUAUUCCCUCGUGCGGGCUUUGGUACGGCUUGGACUGUUGAGGUGGGCACCACUGAUACCCAACUACUUCCGAUGUUUCGGAGAUGACGCAAAAUUCUCCGACGUUUUUUACGGAAGCAGCAUCUUCUACACGGCGACCUUAUGGGUUGGCGCGAUGCAGCGUGCUCUGGAGUUACAGAAGAUGCAUCCGGAGUACUUCUUCCACUGCCUGCUUCACUACAGCGCCUUGGCAAGAGGGAAAGAGAAGACACUGCUAUUGCUACUGAAUAGGCUCGGGCUGAAGUGGAAUCCUGGCGAAGAUGGAGAAGAAACGGAGAAGAUGAAGAAGUCGUUCGUCAAGGACAGCCAGGCAGGGACGUUUCUGUCUGUCAGAACCAGGAAACCAGAUGAGAAGUGGACGAAGCCGUCGCCAACCAGCUGGCUGGGAGCCUGGGAACGAGACUACAUGUCUGGAGUCUGUAGGGCCACUGGGAACGACAUACCUGGCCCUGACUUCAUCUUUCCCGAUACCAUUGUGUAAAGAAACGUGCAUGGGUCGCUGUUAACGCUUAUUUCUUUCAAGGCUACAUACAUUACAUAUUAGUUACAGGAGAGGUUACGCUGAUGGGGGCGCUUUAGUUGGUCUUUGCAACUGAAUUAUAUCUCCAUUACGAAAUGAUAGCUAUCAUGUCAAAGUGUAACGAGGUGUAAUAACGAUAAAUACUAUGAUCUUCAUUGUACAUACACGCCCAAUAUGGGCUGAAUACAUUGAGUUAUAUAAGUUAGAUGAGUGUAGAAAGGUUACAUCAAGUCUCUUCACUCUUAUGAGAAAUAAGUGAAGGCAAUUUUUAUAUUACAUUGUAGCUUUUUAGUUGACUUUAUAUACGUGUACAUUUCGUCUUUCCUUAAACGUGGAAAUUAGUUGAAGGGCACUGAGAGAUUUGCGCAUAACUGUGUAUAAGAAGUAUGACGUCGUUCAGCUCCGGAUUAUUUUCAAUUUUUUGUUGGCACCUCGAUGAAGUUUGUGGCGCCAUGUAGUUUAUGAAAUAGUUACUUUAUGUUUAUGAAAUAGUUUUUUCUUGUUUACGAAAUAGAUGUUUUCCUUCAUGUGGUGUUAUUAUAAACUGAAAUAUGCUAUUAUAUUGGCCGUAACUGCGACAAUUAGCUAAACUGGCCAUUAACGGAAUUAACUACAGGAACUUUGUAAAUAAAACAUAACAGCAAUAUAAUUGUCAUCAUAGUAAACAGCAAUAGACAUUAUUAA